AUGUUCUUGUACAUCCUGUCUGCCGUGCUACUGUUUGUAGCCACCACCGCAGUAUACCGCCUGUACUUCAGCCCGCUGUCUCACAUCCCAGGCCCUAAACUAGCUGCUAUCACCACAUGGUACGCAGCAUAUCAUGACUUGAUCCGAGGAGGCCAGCUCGUGUUCGUUCUCGAAGACCUCCAUCGUCAAUAUGGCCCCGUUGUUCGCAUUCAGCCUGAUCUCGUCCAUGUCUCUGACCCUCGCUUCAUCGAUAAGCUAUACACUCAAUCCCCCAAGCAGAGGCGCGAAAGAUUCUACACCGUUCUGCGUCCGCUCUUCGCGCCUGGUUCAAUGCUAGCGGCCGAAGACCAUGACCUUCAUCAAAGACGACGAGCCGCCCUGAACCAAUUCUUCUCCCGUUCGAACGUGCGUCGCCUGGAAGAAGACAUCAACUCGACAUUGAAGAACCUCUUCCGACGAUUCGAUGACUGGGCUGAUGCGAGAGAGCCAGCAGCACUCAUGUGGCCUUUCAAAGCUGCUACCAAGGACGUGAUCCAGAAUUAUGUUUUCGGCGGCGGUGACCAGUAUCUGAACAUGGAUGACUGCAACGAGGCUUUCUUCAGUGCCUGCGGACCAACGCUUCUGACUCCCCUAGGCAUUCAUGUGCACUGGCUAGUUUCCAUCAUGAACAGCCUGCCUCCAAAGAUGAUGCUGGCUAUGGUUCCACGCAUCGUGACGUUUGCCGAGUUUGUCAUGGGUCUGGGCGAUCAAAUCGAUCGUAUUCGCGAGUCGACAGAGAUUCCCGAAAAGACUACAGUUUUCCACGAACUCUUGCGCAACGAAUCGCUACCAGCCUCGGAGAAGACAACCAAGCGACUCCGGGAAGAAGCAAUGGUCAUAGUCGUCGCAGGCUCAGACACCACUGCCUACACAUUGGGUGCUAUCGUGUACGAAGUUCUAUCCGACAAGACGAAACUGGCCCGACUUAAGAAAGAGCUCGCAACAGUCAUGACCUCGGAGUUACCGCCUGCUUCCAAACUCGAAUCACUUCCAUACCUCAACGCAAUCAUUCCGGAAGCACUUCGCCUCUACCCAGGUGCAGUCCACCGUCAAGAUCGACGUGCUCCUGGCGAGGACCUCAUCUACCACAACCCAGAGACGGACACCACCAUCACAAUACCAGCAGGCACAGGAGUCGGCAUGGCGGCUCCAAUCGCAAACCGGGACCGUGGCAUCUACGGUGAAGACGCAGACGAAUUCAACCCAGACCGCUGGAUCGAUAACCCAGGCAUCCGUAAAUAUCUCUUAUCCUUCUCCAAGGGCACACGCCAGUGUCUUGGAAUCAACCUUGCGUACCAGGAGCUGCAAACUUUCACCGCAGGUAUAUUCCACAAGUACGAUCUAUACGAUCCUACUAAAGGGAAAGACGGGCAAGACGGGCCGACGCUGGAGUUGUAUGAGACUACCAAGGCAGACGUGGCUAUGCAUAGGGAAUUCGUGACCCCGGCUUUACCCGAGGGUAGCAAGGGAUUGAGAGUUGUGAUACGGCGAUGA